AUGGGUACCUCAACCUUUUACAUGUAUGAUGAGCAUACCGCUAAGAAAGGAAGUGAUGAAGUUAUUUCCUUUCUUCAUCAUUACAUACAAACAUAUCUGCCUGCAUCGGUAAAUAAGCUCUACCUUUUUUCGGACAAUGCGUUUGCACAAAACAAAAAUCAAACUUUGAUGAAAUAUUUAUUCACUAUGGUAAAUAAAAAUGGCAAAAUAAGUGAAAUACUUCACCAAUAUCCGGAACCAGGACACAGUUUUCUACCAUGCGAUAGGUCAUUUGGACUUAUAGAAAAGAAUAAAAGGAAGAAGGAAAGAAUAUACCUACCGUCGGAAUGGAUAAAAUUAGUACAAGAAACUACGAAAAAUUUUAGGGUAGUUCCUGUAGAACAAGACAUGAUACUAAACUUUUCAGACCCUUUUAAACAACUUAUUAAAUCUGCCCCUAAAGGACCAAAAAAGGAAAAAUUUGCUAUAUCAACUUAUAGGAAUGCAGAAUUUAUCGCAAUUACAGAUAUAUCUGCAGAGGUAGAACUGCAAGCGCUUGUCAAUCAUACAACACACAGGAUUAUUGAGUCACAAAUAGAAGUUUUCGAUAGUGUUUUGCCGAGUAUCAAAGAUAAAAAAAUUUCUUUUAUACAUAAAUGGGGAUGCGACGGCAGUUCGGCCCAUUAUACCUACAAGCAGCAGUUUAGUGGUGAUCCGGAAUCAUCGAAAACGGAUUUUAAUUUAUUUUCGGUCUGUCUAGUUCCGCUGCAAAUGACUGUAGAGAACGGUACCAUACUUUGGCAAAAUAAUCGUACAUCUUCUACUAGAUUUUGCCGACCAGUAAAACUAAUUUUUGAGAAGGAAACGCCCGAAUUAACAAAACAAGUGGUAACAAAUAUUAAACAACAAAUAGCGGAAAUAGAACCAACUAAUAUUCAGAAAUACCAAAUACAAAUUUACCAUACUUUCAAAAUGACCAUGAUAGAUGGGAAGCUGUUCAGCGCAGUUAGUGAGUCUUCAACGCAGACAAGUGUUAUACGCAGUGCAACCCCUAAAGUUAUGAAUAACUUAGAAAGUAUAUUGGAUCUUACACCAAAUGAAACUUUAUACGACUGCGGCAUCUCAACACUUUAUGCCUGGAUAAGAUGUUUAGAGUGCUGCCUACAUAUCUCCUAUAAAAUAACAAUAAAAAAGUGGCAGAUACGCGAAGAUAAUGAGAAAAAUAUCGUAAAACAAAGAAAACAGGAGAUUAUACGAAAAAUAAAAGAAGAGUUGAAUUUGCUGGUCGAUAUUCCAAAACAGGGUUAUGGCACCACCAACGACGGAAAUACCGCCAGAAGGUUUUUUCGGAGAUAUUCUGUUGCUUCUGCAAUAACAGAGGCCAAACUAUUAGCUACUUUGGCUUCUGAUGUUUGUGGUAUACAUUAUAACGAUAUCAACAAAGCUUUAGAUAAGUUAAUCACGAGGUUACAAAGUGGGCAGUUUAGAAUUUUUAUUGAAUUGGCUCACGAUCACGAUGAAAACACUGAUGGAGAGAAUAAUAAUAUUGGUUAUAUUAAUGAACUGGCUCAAAAUGCAAAUGAUGAUGAGCAAAAUAAUGACCACAUCAGUAUUAUUAAUGAAUUGACUGAAGAUGAGAACCUUAAUGAAAACAGUGUUUAA